UCACCAAGCCUGAGAUCCUGCAGAAGGCCUCUGUAAGCAUCAUAGACCAGAACACCUGCGACUUCCUCUACAACUUCUCCCUCACUGACCAAAUGAUCUGUGCUGGCUUCCUGGAGGGGAAAAUAGACUCAUGCCAGGGAGAUUCAGGUGGACCCUUGGCCUGUGAGGUGACCCCAGGAGUGUUUUAUCUUGCUGGCAUCGUGAGCUGGGGAAUUGGUUGUGCCCAGGCUAUGAAACCUGGUGUGUACUCCAGAAUUACCAAACUCAAAGACUGGAUCCAGGAUACCAUCUCCCAGUUGCCCAGUCCUGGCACAGGCACGCCUUCCAGUUCAGUCCUCACUAGAACUUCUACUGCAGCCAUCCUCACCCACCAGCCCAGCACAACAGCUGAAAGUCCAAUCAACAGAACCACCCUCGGGAUGAAAAUUACCACAACCAUGAAAGAAAACUCCACAGCUCUGAAAACCACUGAGCCUGCCAAGCCCACCCGGACCCCAGUGGUGCCUUGUACCAGCCUCACCUUCAAGUGUUCCAGCAACGUCUGUAUUGGAAAAGAAAAUCCCGAAUGCGAUGGUGUUGUUGACUGCAGCAACGGCUUCGACGAGCGCAACUGUGACUGUGGCUUAACAACCGCCCUGGCCUUCAGCAAGAUAGUGGGUGGCAGCACCGCGGCUCGAGGAGAGUGGCCUUGGCAAGUCAGUCUCUGGCUUCGGCGGAAGGAGCACAAGUGCGGGGCUGUCCUCAUCGCCGACCGCUGGCUGCUCUCCGCAGCUCACUGCUUUGAUAUUUACAGUGACCCCAAAAUGUGGGUGGCAUUUCUAGGAACACCCUUCCUGAAUGGCAUGGAUGGCAAAAUGGAGAAAAUAUUCCGUAUCUACAAGCACCCUUUUUACAACGUCUACAGCCUGGACUACGACGUGGCACUGCUCGAGCUGAACACACCCGUCAAGUUCAGCAACACCAUCAAACCUAUAUGUCUCCCAGACAAUUCACACAUCUUCCAUGAAGGAGCCAGAUGCUUCAUCACAGGCUGGGGCUCCACGAAGGAAGGAGGUCUCAUGUCAAAGCACCUGCAGAAAGCAGCAGUGAACAUGAUCAGCGACCAGGCCUGCAAGAAGUUCUACCCCGUGCAGAUCAGCAGCAGGAUGGUGUGUGCCGGUUUCCCGCAGGGCACCGUCGACAGUUGUUCAGGCGAUGCAGGUGGGCCUCUGGCGUGUAAAGAACCCUCAGGGAAGUGGUUUCUAGCAGGAAUCACAAGCUGGGGCUAUGGCUGUGCCAGGCCAUAUUUCCCUGGUGUCUACACCAAAGUCACAGCUGUCCAGGGCUGGAUCAUGCAGAACCUCAAGCUCUGAAGCUGCAUUUCACCACUCAGGGAAGGCGACGAAUGAGAAGAGCAACUGCCAGAGGAUGCACCAACCCCUCAGCUAUUGUACAUUUUUUUUUGGAUGCUGCAAAGGGGUGAGGAUGAUCUGCAGGUAUUAAGCAAAUGCCAGUGUCAUGUGAACCACUGCAGUUGCGACUGCACCAGGGCAUUUGAUAACUGCUUUGCAUAGAAAUGUACAAUUCUAGACAUUUUCUAUAAAUAAAUGAGGCCUCUCCCAUC